GCAAAUAUUUGAGUUAAUGACACACAUUCCAUUUUCUCGGCAUUGCAAAAGACUUGUUCCUACACAGUUUAUAAAUCUGCUAAGCCACUACUGUCUGCAGGUUGCGUGAUUUCCAGCAGUGGAAGCUCUCACAAUGAAGUGCCUUCUGGGUUUCCUUCUUGCCCUUGGCCUCUGGGUGACACUAUGUGAUGCGUACUGUUAUUUUCGACUAAAUGAUCCAGCCACAUUUACUAAAGGUUGUCUAGACGAUGGAGAGCUGCAUAAAUUUGACAGCACCUGGAUUUCAAAUUGCCACAGAUGUUACUGCUCCCAGAAUGGAAUUCGAUGCUGCUCUGUCUUCCAUUCGCCUCGUGAGUUUGAUGAAGAGAAAUGUGAAAGCAUUUUCAGCAAGGAGACCUGCACCUUCACCGUGGUGGAGAAGGCCGACCACUCGAAAACCUGCAUCGUCCAGGGUUGGGCGGGUUAAUUACAAGCCCACGCUGAGUUUCUCUGCCGAGCGCCUCUCCUUCCCCAUCUAGCGGCAGAAUGAGUCUGUCCUUUGACGAGCCAGGCUGCUCUUUUAAGCAUUGCUACUAACAGCUGGGUUUUCCUCCCCUUGUCGCGUAGUAGUUCCGUGUGCGAGAACACUCUGGACCUGAUCCUAUGCUGUUUCUGUGAGUCCCUGCAUUGACAGAAUUGAGCUUUGAUCUCCUGCAUAAAAUAAAUUCAGAUGAAGCAUCCAAA